AAAGCUGCAACAGUGGCCUCCUUUACACGUAGAGAAGCGCCGUUGCAACUGCCACACCAAAUCAGACAAGCAACGCAAGCGCAGGAGAUGGUGUCUCGUUCUCCUGAUCAUCAUUCUGCUAUUCUUGCUCGGAAAUACCAUAUUCUUGAAUGUAAAGGUGCUGUCAAUGUCUAGCACCUCAAGUUCUGAUUCGGGCUCGACGUCUUCGACUUCGACAUCUUCUACACUAUCUACAAACGCCCAACAAUGCUUAUCGCAGUACACGUUGAAUGCUCCUUCGAGUCCGUCUUCGUAUCCAUGCUCUACCUGCUUGCCGACGUUGCAAGCUGUCCCAUCCAGUUUCCUUAAUACCGAUACCCAGGAUGGUCAACAGAUACAGAAUGCCAUCCAAUUCUGUGGUCUGCGUGCUGUAUUUGAAACAGCUAACGCCGCAGGACAGGCCACUCUGGGUAAUGGAAGCUGGGUCCAAGAUGUCAAGUUCUGUGCAUGGACUGGUGUAACGUGCGAUGGGUCCGGCCAAGUCUCCAAUUUGAAACUCACUUUCCCUGGAGUACCAGCAGCACUCCCAUCGGAAAUUGGAAGUCUUACUAGUCUGCAAUCGCUGCAGGUUGUUGGUGGAAACACAAUACCAGCCGGAUCAUUACCUGCGUCAUUCACGAACUUGACCGCGAUGACAAACCUUCAACUGGAGGCUACUGCUAUAACAGCGUUUCCAGAUAAUAUUUUCCAGUCGUUGAAAGCAAUAACCACUCUCACACUGGUCAACAACAAGAUGAUGGGAACAUCUUUACCUUCCAGCUUAGCAACGUUGUCACUACAGAAUCUUGUCAUCAAUUCACAGCAAAUUAGCAAUCCGCUAUCUACUCUCUCGUCUAGUUCAUCCCUUCAAUCUUCUCUUCAGCUGCUCGACCUUGCAUCCACUUCGAUCACUGGCACCAUUCCUUCAUCCAU